UUAUCUUCAGUCAACUUUGGAUAUGUUGCACUAACCUGAAUGUAAAGCAAGCUAUUUUAAAUUGCCAAAUGUCUGAGUGGCUGUCUAACAAAAAUACUAUUCACUAUAGCUAACUAGCGACAACGUUUCAGCUUCUUGGAUUAGGAAACACCAUGAAACACGUGCGCUGUCUAGCUACUGUAGCUACCUACCUGAAAUUCACAUCGCAUGUAAUAGAUAGUGUCAGUUUCACUGUCCUUAGAGGGAGUUUACACCUGAUGUUUAAACGGCCUAGACCACAGAACUGCAUUACUGACUGAAUCACAGCUUGUCCGUAUUACUUAGAUUUGGAUAGCCGUUCCAGUUGUAAUGGAGUUCUGUGGUCUAGUAGUUUAAACCUGAGGUUUGAAUUCCAACUAAGCGCGCUGCAGUUGACCCGUAAUGUUUUACUGGAGACGGUGUUGCAUUGUACAUAUUGCACGUCAUGUGUCUGUUUUAUCACCAUUGUUUCUGCCACAGCAGUGUAAUUAACGGUAGAUUGGUUCGACAAACUAUUAGUUAGCCUCUGUAGCCUGCUAAAUGGCAUCCAUCCACCUGCUAGCACGAGUAAAGCUACAUCAGUUCUACUUAACUGUGUACUUCAUAAUGUAGAAAAGGUGGUCAUAAAGGACGGAUGAGGACGUACACGAGCCCCGAGGAGAUAGACGCUCAAAUGAAAGCCGAGAAAGAACGGAAGAAGGAGGAAGAGGAAGGAGCUGCAUUAAAUGACAGUCAGGUUGAGGAGAAAGCGGCAAAGUCUGACUCCGAAGACAGCGAAGAGGACAGCUCGCAGAAGAGGAAAGGAGUGGAGGGCUUGAUAGACAUUGAGAACCCGAAUCGAGUUGCGCAGAAAACAAAGAAAGUGACAGAGUUAGAACUGGAGGGCCCCCGACAGCUCUCCAGGAGAGAAAGAGAAGAGAUUGAAAAGCAGAAGGCUAAAGAGAGAUACAUGAAAAUGCAUUUAGCCGGGAAAACGGAUCAGGCCAAGGCAGACCUAGCGCGACUAGCGAUCAUCAAAAAACAGCGGGAAGACGCUGCGCGGAAGAAGGAGGAAGAGAGGAAAGCUAAAGAGGCCGCAGCAGCAGCAGCAGCAGCGGCGAAAGGGCUCCACACGCUGUGCCUCAAAUGAUGAAUAAUGCCCUGGGAGGCAUGUAUUCCCACACAUGGACUAAUGCAAAUGGAAUCUGUUCAUCUUACUAUUUUUUAAAAGAGAUCAUCUAUGAAGGUUUUACAUGUAUUAUAAUUUAUGCUCAUUUGGGGACAUUGCGUAUGAGAGGGAUAUUCAGCAGUGUGAAUUUGAAAAGAUUCAAAAGGCAGAUGUUAUCUUUUCCAGGACUGUGUCUUGAAGGAGCUUUUAGAUGCUAAAGUUGUUUUUCAGGAAUAACACUCCAUUCUCCUCCUGUAAAUACUAAAGCACAUAUAUUUCUUAAUAUAUCAUCCUUCUAUAUUGACAUUAUUUUCUUUCCUGGUCAUCCUGAAAAAGUAAUUUACAUCAUUUCUGAAGUCUGCACGAUACACUCACUCAUAGCAUCACAAAAGUACUGGCAUGCAGUACAAAAAGAUCAUUGGUAUCCUUUUAUGUUAUGACAUUUGCUCAUUAUGAAGAAAUGCGUUUUCAGAGUUCCUUAACUUGUACAAAUUCACAGCCAUGUGAUUCUGCUGAAUUGGACACUUCCUGUUGAAUAAAUUGGGGAAUGUGA